AGGGACAGGUUCCAGGACUUGUUGCCCGCGAUGAUGAGGACUUUGACAGAGGCUUUGAACAGCGGGAACGAGGCCACGGCGCAGGAAGCGCUGGAGCUGUUGAUCGAGCUGGCGGGGACGGAGCCACGAUUCUUGCGAAGGCAAUUGGUGGACGUGGUCGGUUCUAUGCUGCAAAUUGCGGAGGCUGAGUCGCUUGAGGAAGGCACGAGACAUCUGGCCAUUGAAUUUGUGAUCACUCUCGCUGAGGCUAGGGAGCGGGCCCCAGGGAUGAUGAGGAAGCUCCCGCAGUUCAUUAGCAGGCUGUUCGCUAUCCUGAUGAGGAUGCUGUUGGAUAUUGAGGACGAUCCGGCGUGGCACACUGCCGAUAGUGAGGACGAGGAUGCGGGUGAGACCAGUAACUACAGCGUUGGGCAAGAGUGUUUGGAUCGGUUGGCGAUUUCGUUGGGCGGGAAUACGAUAGUUCCUGUUGCCUCGGAGCAAUUGCCUGCCUUUUUGGCUGCUCCUGAAUGGCAGAAGCACCAUGCUGCUUUAAUUGCUCUAGCCCAGAUUGCCGAGGGCUGCUCCAAGGUAAUGAUAAAAAACUUGGAGCAAGUGGUAUCUAUGGUUCUAAACUCAUUUCAUGAUCCCCACCCACGUGUGAGGUGGGCGGCUAUUAAUGCAAUCGGGCAAUUGUCUACGGAUUUGGGUCCUGAUUUGCAGAAUCAGUAUCAUCAAAGAGUGCUUCCAGCGCUGGCUGCCGCCAUGGAUGAUUUCCAUAACCCUAGAGUACAGGCGCAUGCUGCUUCAGCUGUGCUCAACUUCAGUGAGAACUGUACUCCAGAAAUUUUGACGCCUUAUUUAGAUGGAAUUGUGAGCAAGUUGCUUGUACUUCUACAGAAUGGAAAGCAAAUGGUGCAAGAGGGAGCCUUGACUGCAUUGGCAUCAGUUGCUGAUUCAUCUCAGGUAUUCCUUCUACAGUAACCAAUGUGUUUCUUUUCAGAAAAG